AUGGCCAAAACCGGCCGCGCAGGCUGUCAAAAUACGGCAUGCAAAAAGGCGGGAAUCAAGAUUGAAAAGGGCGAGUUCAGAAUGGGGACGCUGGUGACAAUUCACGAACACACCUCGUGGAUGUGGAAGCAUUGGGGUUGCGUCACACCUGCUCAAAUCAAAAAGCUCCAAGAUCAGGUCGGUCCGCUGGAGGAUCUGGACGACCUAGAUGCCGACUUGGAUCGUAUUAUUGAUGGCUAUGACGAGAUCGAUGACGGAUCGCGUGAAAAGAUCAAAUAUGCACUGAUGAAUGGCCAUGUAGCUGACGAAGACUGGAGGGGUGAACCUGAAUUCAACCGUCCAGGGAUGAAAGGCAUCAAUAAACGGACCCCAAAAAAGAAAGAGGCUGAUGACGACGAGGAAAUUGCUGCAGAGAAUGAGCAGACUCCCUCCAAACCCAAAGCGAAGCGAGGUAGGAAAGCCAGGGUCCUAUCAGACGAGGAAGAAGACCUGCCAGAAUCGCCGGCAGCCAAGAAAAAGACCUCACGUCGCAAGAUCAAAGAAGAGGACGACGAUACUCAUCCUACCCAGUCAGCUCCACCGAAGAAGGCCGGAGGGAGGAAACGCAAAGUCGCUGUGAAAGAGGAAGAUAGUGAAGAAGAAGCACCUGAGAAACCGACGAAAAGAUCCCGCGCGAAGAAGGUCAAGUCUGAGGAGGUGGAGGAGAAGCCAGCAAAACCAGCCAAACGAGAAAGACAGCGGAAAAAGGCGGCAUCGUCUAAGGAUACUCCUGAAGAUGAAGAUGUCAAGGAAACCAUUGAACCAGCCAGUGAUGCUGUCGAAGCUCGCAACUCCAAACGCAAGGUGGCCGCCAAACGUGAGCGCACCAGAACUGGCCGCAGGACAAAACCAGUCAAAUAUGAAGAGACUCAGACCGGAGAUGAAGAUAGCGAUGACGCACCAACCCGUGCCACGCCAGGACCGGAGGCAGCUGAUGAGACUGGGGAUAAGGUCAAUGCAGGAAACAAUGUCGAUGCAGUCCCAGAAGGAUACAUAGGCGCUCUCCGCCAAGAUGCUUCGAAUACUGGUCAAGCAACCACCGGGACGGCAAAUGCCAUCACGGAUGAAGACAAUGUCAGUGACGUCGCUGAGAAAAAGAAGCCAAAGGCAACGAAAGGUCGCAAAGGAAAAGUCCCCAGACAAAAGAACACUAAGGCGAAAGAGAUCUAG